AUGGAGAUGACUGACUCGAAGGGGCCAAAUGUGUCGGCUGCGGGCGUGGCGUCACAGCAGGGGAAGAGCUCAAUCAGUGGCAUGUUGUCGGACUUCACCCGUGCCCUGGGCCUCGGCGGCAACUCCCCGAAGGACGAGCAGAAGGGGCAGGUGGCCGCCACGUACCAGCAGCAGCAGAAGCAAGCUCAAAGCCAGAUGCAGACUCAGGCCAACCUGAUCACGUCCCAGAUGGCCGGCCAGCAGCAGCAGGCUCAGAUGGCAGGCCACCAGCAGGGCCAGAUGGUGGGCGGGCAGCAGGUGUACACGUCCAGCGGGCAGGUGGUGACCCAGCUGGCCAACCACGUGGGCCCCGGAGUGACCAACGCGCCCAACACGGUCGUCGGAGGCCAAGUUGUACAGAAUCCUACCGUGGUCGUGAGCGCAGGCCAGCAGCCCGGAGGCCAGCCCCUGCUCUUCCAACAGAUGACCCCCGCACAACAGCUGCAGCUGCAACAAAUGCAGCUGCAGCACCAAGCACAACACCUGAAGAAGAUGCGCCGCCAGGACCAGGCGGCCGCGCUGCAACAGCAGCUCAUAACGCAGGGCAAGAUCUCGCCGACGCCCCUCAGGAAGGACGCCCCGACUGCGGUCCCCGGCCUGCAGCAGCUGCAGAACCUGCAGCAGCAGCACCUGGCAGGGAAGGUGGGCGCCCGCGUCAACUCGAACCUGCCGACGGCCGCCCUGCUGCAGCAGUCGACCAUCGCCACGAGCGACGGGAAGCCGCGCAUGUUGGUCAUGCCCGGCCAGACCAUACCCACCUCGGAGACGCCGCUGUCCUCGCUCCAUAGGGCGCGCCUCCGCUCCUCCUCAGACCAGCUGGCGUCACCCGAAGAGUUUAGCAUGUCGGGGGUGAACGCCCAGCUGGCCAUGCUCACCGGCACCCCCAGCACCCCCGCGGGCACCCCCAGGGGCCUCCGCGACGACUCCUCGGACACCAUGAGCGAGACCGACAGCCAGAAGAGCCUCAGGAUUCGCCGCAAGUUGCCGCACCUUCCGCCAGACCAGGAGGCGGCGCCGCUGCCGUCGCAUAAAAAGAAUUCUUUCGGACUCAACGCCAAGGACAGAGUCAGGUCACAGAUGGCGCGCCAGUCUUCCCUGGACGGCACCAGCUCCUCCGGGCGUGUGGGUGGGUCCCUCUCCAUGGGUAGACCUUCUUCAAGUAUGACCAAUCUAGCUAAUAUAUCCAAAACUCCAGAUAUCACAGCAGCUGCCAGAAUACAUGCAGAACCUGAAGGAACAGCUGAGGGAGGAGCUCAAGUCCACCACAGGCGACCGGCGGGCCAUCCUGGAGGCCGAGCUGCUCCGGCUGCAUGAAGACCGGCGCCGUGCCCUCACAGAUAAGGACAAGGACAGGGACGGUCGCCUGCGCAGGGAGCUGGACCGCCUAUCCUCUUCCAGCUACACGGGAUCGCUCACGCUCAAGCAGAGAAUGGAAAUACAGCGUCGCCUGGGCAUGGCUGGCACGAGCAAUUCCACUGGGUCAGCCAGCUCCUCCCCAAGGAACCACCGCCGCAGGGGGCACAGGCGCCAAAUGUCCGACCCAAAGAUUUUCUCUUCAAUAUCCCCUAUAAAGGAGGACAAGGACUUGGAGAAAGAACUGGAGAGAGUAAGUUGAGUUCUGAUAUUAAGAUCCUCUCGGUUCCUCAGCUCUUCCGUAUGUAGUUCA